UCACUCACCACACCCUUCCCCAUCCACUCGAACGACAGACAGCUGCACUCGAUCAUCUACCUCCAAGUCGUCAUCAUCUCGCAGGCACUCAUCUAUGUCGCUCGUUCACAGGACAUCUUCUUCAUGGAGCGCCUGUCGGACACCCUCCGUGUACUCUCGACUUGGCCCGGCUCGUCUCGACGAUCGUCACCAUUUACGCCGACUGUGGCUUCACCGACAUUGAGGGACAUCAUCUGGUUCCUCCCGCUCGACUUGAUCAAGUUCGUCAUGAAGGCUACCCCCAGCAAGCGGCUUCGCGCCCCCCACGAGUGCCAGUCCGCCAAGGAGAUCGCUGCUCAAGCCGAGGAUGUUCCGCUCACACACCCAAUCCCGUGA